AUGCUCACGGGACGCGUCGAAUCCAACGCCGAGGAAACAACCGGAGAUCUUGAAAGAGCUCGAGAUUCAACGACUCCGUCUGGAUCGAGUCCGUACUGCCAAGAGGAGGAGUCUUGGAUUGCCAAUAUCAAGCAGUUUUUUGACGGGGACAUCAGCGAACUAUCCAAACGCGAAGCGAAGAAUUGCGCGAAGAUAGCGGAACAGUACGAAGUUGGGGAGAGCGGUUUGCUGUACUACCACAGACCCUCCGAGAAGACGUAUUGCACCACUACCACGCAAGUCUGGAUGGCGGGCAUCAGGGCAUCGGUACGACGUAUCAACGGACAAUACGGAACCCUUGAUCUGGGUCGAACGGCUCAAACCGUCGCGGAAUCCUAUGAAGAAGCCGUCUUCAGACGAUUCGGUGCCAGCGAAGCGAUCCGUCACGACCGCGAGCCCGGUUUCAUGUCAGACUUCUUCAGGGUCUUUAACAAGCUGAUGGGCCAGCGGCAACGCGCGACGCUCGCGUACCGUCCGCAAGCAAACGGGGCGGCAGAACGCAUGGUGCAGACUAUCACGAGGGCUAUCAAGAUGUACAUUGCCGACGUUGACCAACGCAACUGGGACCAAUACGCAGAGCGACUGACAUACGCGCUUAAUACGGCUCGCGACCGAACGCGGGACGAAACCCUGUUUUUCCUCGUGCACGACUGGGAUCCGCGGUCUACGUUGGAAGCGACGUUGGCCGUA